AUGGCGGGGCAGGUCUGGAAGGCAGAGGGGAGCAACCCCUCAAUAGUCAACAUUGUACAUCGCCUUGCAUCCAAGCACAAGCUCCCCACCACAAAGCGCACACGACCUCUCCACUCCACGGUUCUCUUCAAGAACCAUCUCUUCAAUUAUACACUGUUUGCUGUUGCUAUGGCCGACGCUGAGACUGCACCGGCUGAGCCACAAGCUUUGAGCGUCCUGUAUUGCGGUGUCUGCACCCUUCCCCCAGAGUACUGCGAGUAUGGGGGCACGGUAAAGAAAUGCCAGGAGUGGCUCCAGAAGAACCACAAGGACCUGUACGAGACAAUAUGGUCACCUGAAGCCCUAGCAGCCUCCACAGCCAACCUCUCGGUCGAGGCUCAGAAGCGCGCCGAGAAGGAUGCCCUGAAGAAGACGGCCAAGGCCGAGGCCGCCGAGCAGAAGCAGGCCGACAAGCGCGCCGCAAGCGUCGUCACCAUCAAGCGAAUCGAGCGCAACAAGCGCAAGUACGUCACGGCCGUCUCGGGGCUCGAGGCCUUCGACCUCGACCUCAAGAAGGUCGCCAAGGAGUUCGGCAAGAAGUUCGCCACCGGUUCCAGCGUCACCAAGACUCCGUCGGGGGGCGAGGAGAUCGUGGUGCAGGGCGACGUGAGCGACGAGAUCGAGGACUUUUUGAACGAGAAGUACAAGCAGAUACCCGAGGACAACAUCGAGUUUGUGGAUGACAAGAAGAAGAAGUCGGCAAGCGCUGCCUAG